GCAUCGAGAGACUGUUUGUAGGUUCAUUUUCGUUUGGUUUGUUCCGGUUUGUGUUUUCGGAUAAGUCUCGUUUCUGGGUGCUUAGUGUAGGUUCAUUUUCGUUUGGUUUGUUCCGGUUUGUGUUUUCGGGUAAGUCUCGUUUUUGGGUGCUUAGUAACGUUUGAGUCGUCUUCUUCGACGCUCUGAAGCCCUUGGUCAAGUGUUUGUUGUGGAGACGAAGGGCUUAGAUGGAUAGAGAGAAGCUAAUGAAGAUGGCUAGUGCAGUGCGCACUGGUGGGAAGGGCAGUGUCAGGAGGAAGAAGAAAGCUGUGCAUAAGACCACCUCAACUGACGACAAGAGGUUGCAGAGCACCUUGAAACGACUUGGAGUGAAUACCGUUCCUGGAAUUGAGGAGGUCAACAUUUUUCAGGAUGAGUCUGUUAUCCAUUUCGUGAAUCCGAAAGUGCAAGCCUCCAUUGCCGCCAACACGUGGGUGGUGAGCGGACCUUCUCAAACGAAGAAGCUCCAAGACAUCUUGCCUAGUAUCAUCAACCAGUUAGGACCUGAUAAAUUGGAUAACUUGAAGAAACUUAUCCAACAAUUCCAGAAGAAGGAUAAUCUUGAGGGGAUUGAAGAGGGAGACGAUGAUGUGCCUGAGUUAGUAGAAGGAGAGACGUUUGAGGAAGCAUCCAAGCAGGAAACUUCCAAGUAGGAAUAUCUCAAAUAGGUGAUGAAGGCCACUGCAGAGCUCCAUCAAGUCCUGUGUAGGUGUCAUUGCAGCGUUCUGGCGCAAGCUGGACAAUUUCGAAGUUCGUAUCAAUGAAGUGUAACGCAUGGGUUACCAGCACAACUUCUUGUCUUGUCCAAAGCUAAUGAAUGAAAUAGCUUCUCAAAUACUACGUCACUUCCAAAGAUUUAACA